AUGGCCUCUCCCAAUCAAGAGGACAUUGGUCCCAAAGACAUUCCCAAUAAGGAUGUCGCCGUCGAGCCCUCCCACCCCAUUGACGGCCACGGAGAGACUGGUGAACGCAGACGCACUCAUCAUGACAUCCCAGACCAUGGCCACAACCCUUCCAUGCAGAGGGAUGUAGACCCAAACCCGGACCUGGCUCUUCACUACUCCCACGAGCAUCAGCACAAGCACUUACAUCACAAUCGCGCUUCUCUCGCAGGCCGACAUGACGAGGUGCUUUACUCGGAAGGCACUACCUACGACAAAGCUCACAUUGAUCCAAAAGGUCCCCAAGACUAUGUGACCCAUAACCUUCGUGACCCUCACAAUGAGAAGACCGAAUUUCACGGUGACGCCGAAAAGGGUGCUCUCUCCGAGCCACUGAGGAUGGGCUCCAACAACUCUGAAGACGACGGACAGAAGCAUCGCGCGUCGAGGAAUUACUCCAAGUACAAGAUCUUCGUGCAUUUGUUCAUCUGGCUCCUGUUCACCGGCUGGUGGAUCGCUGGUCUUGUUAUGCAUCGACACGACUUGGGAUGGCUGAUUCCAUUCCUACUGUACCUUGCCAUUACCCUGAGACUUAUCUUCCUCUGGAUACCCAUUACGAUUGUCACGAAACCUAUGCAUUUUGUAUGGAACAACUCGGUCGUGAAAGGAGUUCAAUUUAUCCCAGAGAAAUUCCGCAUUUGGUUGGCCGCUGCUGGCGCACUCGCCGUCAUUCUUCUUGGUGCCUUCGUCUCUGAAGAGUCUGCGGACAACACUCGAGGAAAUCGUGCUAUCUCCCUCCUCGGCUUGGCUGUAUUGCUUGCAGUUCUCUAUGUUACAUCCCGAGAUCGCCGCAGAAUUCGCUGGCACACCGUUAUUGGUGGCAUGUUGACACAAUUCGUAAUUGCUGUCUUUGUGCUUCGAACCAAAGCCGGAUACGAUAUCUUCAACUUCAUCUCCUUCUUGGCCCGCUCUCUCCUGGGAUUUGCCGAUAGAGGUACUUCGUUCUUGACUGCGGAUUCCGUCACUCAGUUGCACUGGUUUUUGACUGGUGUUGUACCUCCUAUUAUCUUCUUCGUGGCCCUGGUCCAAGUCUUGUACUACAUCGGGCUUAUCCAGUGGUUCGUUGGAAAAUUCGCCGUCUUCUUCUUCUGGAGUUUGCGAGUCUCUGGUGCAGAAGCUGUCGUGGCUGCUGCAUCCCCCUUCAUCGGACAAGGUGAAUCUGCUAUGCUGAUUCGACCUUUCGUGGCUCAUUUGACUUUGGCUGAAAUUCACCAAGUCAUGUGCUCUGGCUUCGCCACUAUUGCUGGGUCUGUCUUGGUUGCAUAUAUCGGUCUUGGUCUCAACCCUCAAGCCUUGGUAUCUUCCUGCAUCAUGUCUAUUCCCGCCUCGUUAGCUGUCUCCAAGAUGAGAUACCCCGAGACCGAGGAAACAAUCACUUCCGGACGCGUCGUUAUUCCCGACGACGACGAGCACCGCGCAACCAAUGCCCUCCACGCUUUUGCAAAUGGCGCUUGGCUUGGUAUCAAGAUCGCUGGUAUGAUUGUGGCAACACUUCUCUGCAUUAUUGCGUUGAUCGCUCUUAUCAAUGGUCUUCUUGGCUGGUGGGGAAGAUAUAUCAACAUCACCCAAGAUGGCAAGCCAUAUCUCACACUUGAGCUCAUCCUUGGAUACAUCUGCUAUCCAGUCGCAUUCCUACUUGGCGUUCCAAGAGAUGAUCUACUUCGUGUCGGUCAGCUCAUUGGUGUCAAAGUCAUUGCCAAUGAGUUUGUUGCGUACAACUCACUCACCACCGAGGCCCAGUAUAUCAACAUGAGCCCACGCUCCAAACUCAUCGCCACAUAUGCACUAUGCGGUUUCGGUAACCUUGGAUCCCUCGGUACCCAAAUCGGUGUGCUGUCUCAAAUUGCACCAUCACGAUCUGGUGACGUCUCUCGCGUUGCUCUAUCCGCUCUAUUCUCUGGUGUUCUCGCCACCCUCACAUCUGCUUCUAUCGCCGGCAUGUUGGUCACUGACCAGAUCACUCUUGCCCAAGAGACAAGCUAG